AUGAACGCAUUCUCGAGGCUGCUCCCUGUUCUAGGCAGUGCUUAUGGCCUCCAAGCCGCACUCGCUGCAAUAUUUGUCCCUCAAGCCAACGAGAAAUUCUACGACCUCGGCGGCGCCCUGGGCUUUAUCUCUACCACGCUCAUCUCGCUCUACUAUCCAGCUGUCCGAGCACAGAUUCGAUAUGGCAGCGCAGCGGCCCCGUUUCCAUCUCUUUCGAGCUUCGCGCCCCGGCAGCUGCUAUUGAGCGCCGCGUUGGGAAUUUGGAGUGUGCGGCUCGGGAGCUUCCUUGUGCAGAGGGCUAUCAAAGCUGGUGGAGAUUCUAGGUUUGACGAGGUGAAGCACCAGCCAACCAAGUUCACUGCGUUCUGGAUGGCGCAAGCCACUUGGGUCUUCCUGGUUGGCCUCCCAGUCUACCUGGUCAACACCCUACCUUCAAACCUUCACCCUGCCCUUGGCCUCCGGGACUACGCCGCCAUCGGCAUCUAUGGCUCCUCCCUCCUCUUCGAGGUGAUAGCCGACCGCCAAAAAUCUGCCUGGCGCCACGAGAAGGAAAACAAGCAGCACGACGACAAGUUCAUCACUAUCGGGCUCUGGAGCCUCAGCAGACACCCGAACUACGUCGGCGAGGUCGGCAUAUGGACUGGCAUAUGGAUGCUGGCCAUCGGAUCUCUGCAGACAGCUUACUUCCCCGCGUACACCUUCGCGCUGGCCGCCAUCAGUCCGAUCACGACUUACACGCUCCUUCGCAACGUUUCCGGCGUCCCGCCCUUGGAGGCAUCGGGCGACAAGAAGUUCGGCCAAGAUCCCAAAUGGAAGGAAUACAAAAAGACGGUGCCCGUCUUCUGGCCUUGGGGUGGAUACGACUAA